UCGGCUCGGACGCCUGACUCUGGUUUCUUGUAGGAAGAGCCAGAGCGGAGGCUUUGGCAAGGCCUUGGUGCCAGCCCGCGGGAAGCACUAUGAGGUUAUCCUUCUGCCGGGGUUUCCUGCGCAUCAGCUUCUGGCUGCAGCACCUUUUCUAUGACUGGCGCUGUGCCAGGCACUGGGGAUUCCUAAGAUACCGUUCCCGUUUUUAUAGUCAAGUUUGGGAGCCAGAUAUAAACAAAUAAGUGCUCCUACAAUCGAGUAUGUAUGAGUCAUACAUGUGUGAACUGCUCAAGGGGCAGCUGCUGGGAAGGCUGAAGAGAGAAAGUGACUUCUGAAUUAUACUUCUUGAACCUCAGGUCUGCCAAAAUGUCUGAAAGAUCAGAUCUCCUUCACUUCAAGUUUGAAAAUUAUGGAGAUUCAAUGUUACAAAAAAUGAACAAAUUAAGAGAAGAGAAUAAAUUUUGUGAUGUUACAGUUCUCAUAGAUGAUAUUGAGGUACAGGGGCAUAAAAUUGUGUUUGCUGCAGGUUCCCCCUUCUUAAGAGACCAGUUUUUACUGAAUGAUUCCAGAGAGGUGAAAAUCUCCAUAUUGCAGAGUUCCGAAGUGGGGAGACAAUUGCUCUUAUCCUGUUAUAGUGGUGUGCUGGAAUUCCCUGAGAUGGAACUGGUAAAUUACUUGACUGCUGCGAGCUUUCUUCAGAUGAGCCACAUUGUAGAACGGUGCACACAGGCCUUGUGGAAGUUUAUAAAGCCAAAACAACCACUGGAUAGUAAAGAGGGAUGUGAACCGCAGAGUGCUUCUCCCCAGUCAAAAGAACAGCAGGGAGAUGCCAGAGGCUCCCCAAAGCAGGACUCACCUUGUAUUCAUCCAUCUGAAGACAGUAUGGAUAUGGAGGACAGUGAUAUUCAGAUUGUUAAGGUAGAAUCUAUUGGGGAUGUAUCGGAGGUUAGAAGUAAAAAAGAUCAGAACCAGUUUAUUUCUUCUGAACCCACUGCUUUACAUUCAUCAGAGCCCCAGCACUCCCUGAUAAAUUCAACUGUGGAAAACAGAGUAAGUGAAAUAGAACAAAACCAUCUCCACAAUUAUGCCCUCUCUUACACAGGCAGUGAUAACAUCGUCUUGGCCUCAAAAGAUGUCUUUGGGCCUAAUAUUCGAGGUGUAGACAAAGGCCUACAGUGGCAUCAUCAAUGCCCAAAGUGUACCAGGGUGUUCCGUCACCUGGAGAACUACGCCAACCAUUUAAAAAUGCACAAACUCUUUAUGUGUCUACUCUGCGGCAAGACUUUUACUCAGAAAGGCAACCUUCAUCGACACAUGCGUGUGCAUGCCGGCAUUAAACCUUUCCAGUGUAAGAUCUGUGGGAAAACCUUUUCUCAGAAGUGUUCCUUACAGGAUCAUCUUAACCUUCACAGUGGAGAUAAGCCCCAUAAGUGUAACUAUUGUGACAUGGUUUUUGCACAUAAGCCAGUUUUGAGGAAACACCUUAAACAGCUGCAUGGCAAAAACAGCUUUGAUAAUGCCAAUGAGAGAAAUGUGCAAGACCUCACAGUGGAUUUUGAUUCUUUUGCAUGUACCACAGUUACAGACUCUAAAGGGUGUCAGCCACAGCCUGAUGCAACACAGGUCCUGGAUGCAGGUAAACUGGCCCAAGCUGUCCUGAACCUAAGAAAUGAUAGUGCUUGUGUGAACUGAGUAGGGGCUUUAUGCUCAAAACUAGAAGUGACUGAAAACAUGGCAAUAGUCUUGAGUGUUUUUAGAAGAGAUUUUGCUAGCUUGACUUCUCCAAAGCCUCUGUGCAGGUUGUAGAAUGAAUCAAAGUACUAACAGACCAGGCAACUUACCACUUGGAGUGGUCUUGCCUUCCUUUUGCCCUCUCCCAUUUUCUGUUUUGAAUUAUCUUGUGAUGCCUGUCUUCCUUUCCCAAGGAGUAUUCCAUUUGUCUACCUAACAUUGACUUAUGACACAUUUUAGGCUUUUCACUGGACACAUUCAGAAGGCACCAACAAGUUAAUAACAUCACCUGCAAUCCACUAAUGGAUGCUAUGCUAAGAGAAGUGAAUAAUAUUUUUCUUUGGCAGAAAAUAGGCUAAGAUAUAAAGUGAUAUUGCUAUUGGCCUGAAUAUGUGAUAGAACUUCUGGUUGCCUACUUAUAAUUCAUCUAUGAAUGAAUGACUCCCUACCAUUUGUACUUUUCUUGGAACUGGCUAUAAAGAAGUAUUUUAAGUUGUUCAGCACUCUUUUCAACAGCAUUAUGGCCCCCAACUUUAUGUCACUGAAUUGUUCACAUAGACCAGAGUACAAUCUUUCUGCAACACCUGCAGGCAUAGUUAGGUAUCACCAUGAGGAGCAUAAUCAACAAAGAAUAGAAGUACAUUUGUACAACAAUUUAACGUGAGACAUCUUCCUCAAAAGAAGCCAAACGCUUAUUCAUGUAUAACUUAUUUGUUGAUGCUUUUUAAGUCAGGAUGCUCCAAGCAUACUUAAAAUGUGCUAAAGUAUAAUAGUCUCUCUAAAAAGAAGCUAUUUAGGAGUCAGUCUUUGGACUCUGCUUUAGAGGUUAGCUAUCAGAGAGGUAUUUAGCCAUCAGAAGGGUGUUUGGGCUUCAGAGUUUUGUUCAGUGUAUUCUAAGAGUCUCUGAAUUCUCAUUUUCUCAUGUACCUUAAUUUCUAAAAUGGAUGAAAAAAAUAGGUCGUGGAAUGAGCAACCAGGCUUUUGCAUUCAGAUAUUCCUAUAGCCCCACCUUGCUAUGUUUGAUAGAUCACUAAUACAAAGUUGAUCUUCCAAGUAUGGUAAAACAGAACAACUGUGUGUUGUAGUUCAGAAAUAAAAUUUUGAGUCUUAUUAGUUUCUGACCCAUGAGUUAGACAUAGGUAAUAGAAGUGUUAGAGUCCUUAGAGAGUCUUAAGAGAUAAUUUACUCCACCUCUCUCUCUUUUUUUUUUAAAGUUGGGGUAUUAAUAGCCCAAAGAGGUGGCCUGGCCAAGGUUGGCCAAAUAAGAUAAGUGACUAAAUAUGAGCUAAUGUCUCCUCAUUUUUUCUCACUACCCCUUGGCUUAAAAAGAUCUAGUACAUAAUCAAGAAUACAUUAGCAAAAAGCUCACCUUUGUGAAUCCCUAUUGGCUUUCUAAGACAGCCUGGAUUUUGCAAACAAAAUAUCACAGAAGGAUAUAUUUUUGUUAUUUUUUAGUUAGAAUAAAUAUUACAUUCUUCCCAAGCAAGUGACUGAUUUUCUGGGUAUUAGGGAGAGAAAGGACAAAUAAGAAUAAAUGUGAGAAGGAUCUAAAUGUGAAACUGAUUUUGUCUGGAAACAGUGUUUAUUUAAUUUCCAUCAGGAUUUUGUUUUCAUGUUUGAGCUAUGAGAGUGCAUAUACCGAUAAACCAAAAAUUAGGUUUAACUUGAGUAGUCAGGGAAUUCUUAAAGUUGUUAUAAUUUGAUACAUUUACAUGUGAAUCUGACUUGAGGUAUUAUUUCUACCUUUUGUUAAAAGAUUUAAAAUGAGAAUAAAAUUGAGUGAUAAGACUAAUAGGUAUCUUAUGCCUAAGGUCACUCAUUAUAUGGUCUAAUGAUGCUGCCAAGCAUUCCAGUUUUUAUAUGACCCAGGCAGAGUACCAGUUCUCUGCAACAGUGUGACAUUACCAUGUUAACCAACAAGUCACUAUUUCCUUUGAUCAUCAUUUUGGCAUGGAAAUUUCAUGUUGGAGUGCUUCCUUUGUUUAUAUUCAUGUCCUGUUUUUGUUACUGGUUUGAAGACUAAAAGUCAUGGGUUCAAAAUAGAUUGCUCUCUUUGGUUGGAGACUAUUGCUGGGUUCAUCUAGUCAUUCAAGAAGCAUUUAUUGAGCACCUACUGUUGCCAGGCACUAUGCUAGAUGAUGAGGAUAUGAAGGUAAGAUUGCAAUGAUCCCUGCUCUCACAGAUCUUACAGUUUCGUGUAGUCUUAGGGAGCUAAGAUAUCAAUUUGAUUUUAAACUAAGAGUAAUAAAGGAAACUGCCUUGCUUUUUUUGAUCACUUAAAGUCAGCAUCUAGAUGGUUUUGUAUCUGUAAAGCUAUAGUUCUCACCUUUUGUACUGCAAACCUCUUGGCUGGGGCGGUGUUCUGUUUCUGUGAGACAUUUUCUUAAUUUUGGUGGGAUUUUACUUUUCUCCUCCUUUGUUUAUACAUGUUUCUUAGAUUGUAUUGCAAAGUGGGCAAAUUAUUGAUAUCAAGUAAGUUUUAUAGAGGAAGAUUUUUAAAAACCUUAGUUAUUCAGCAUUUGUAUUUUAUGGAUCCCCAGGAAAACUAAAAAGGGGAGAACACUCUUUACCAUAGUUGGUUUAAAAAAGAUACUGUAUCACAGUUAUUUAUUUAUUAUUUAAUUUUAAAGACAAACUCCAAACCGAAGCAGCUCUGAGGUAAAUCAGAUGUGGUUUUAAUUUGUUUUAGUUUCUUUUUUAGAAUAUCUGUAAGUGGAGGGUGACCAGUGUCACUACUUUUAAAUAUUGUCCUAAAAAAUCAACCUAGAACAUUUUAUUUCAGCUGGUGAAUAGCUGUUUUAAACCUGUUGUAUGUUAGACAUACUAUGAACUACCUCUUCACUUAUUAUGGGGAAGUUUCCUUAAUAAAAGUGUGACAAUUAAA